CGGUCACCAGCUUCUUCUCAGAGAGAGUGACACCCUGAGCUGGGAAAGCUGUUUGACAACCAGCGUUCAGACACUGGUCGGAGGCAGGCAGGAGCCGCUGUCACGUGCCAGAACCAGUUGAAUAAUGAAGAGUCGUUGUUGUGUAAGCCAGUCUCUCCGCCUUACCUAACAAUUAACUAGUUUUGGUGAUAUAACUGAAACUUCAGCUACCUCCGCAUGUACAGAUCAGCGUCCUCUACUCGGUAAAAGCGUCACGCCCAUAAAACGGAAGCAUGUCAACCGAAAAAGUUCCUGACACCCCAGUGGAAGUCAUUGUGGACCUUUUAACUAAAGCCCAGGACAUAGCUGCAUCCUGUGGGAAUGUUCCAGAAGAGUUGACAAGCCACUUGCAGAAGGCUCUGGACAUCGCCAGUGGCCUGGAUGACUACCUGGAGAAAAUGACCACACAGGAAAGUGAACCGCUUGCAGAACUUUAUAAAAAGACCUUUUCUCAUGACUGGGAUCAAGUGCACAAGGAGGGCAAGACUAUGUUCAAGCUUCCCAAGGAAUGUAUCACUGGACACGUUGAAGGUCAAACGCUGAAGAUGCUGAUCCACAUGAGUCAAGCGAAGAGGGUCCUAGAGAUCGGGAUGUUCACUGGCUAUGGAGCUCUGUCGAUGGCUGAAGCGCUACCACAGGACGGGCGCUUAGUGGCCUGCGAGUUGGAGCCAUACCUUAAAGAGUUUGCUCAGCCCAUUUUUGAUAAGUCUCCACAUGGUAAAAAGAUUAAUGUCAAGACUGGAAAUGCCAUGGAGACACUAAAGGAAUUAGCCACCGCCGGUGAACAGUUCGACAUGGUUUUCAUCGAUGCAGACAAAAACAACUACAUCAACUACUACAAAUUUAUCAUGGACAACAACAUGCUCAGAUUGGGAGGGGUCAUAUGUAUCGAUAACUCGCUGUUCAAAGCCAGGGUUUAUCUUAACGACACCACAGAUAGCAAUGGACUGGCCCUUCGCGAGUUCAACCAGUUUGUGUCUAAUGACCCCCGAGUAGAGCAGGUCAUUGUCCCUUUAAGAGACGGCCUCACUCUUAUCCGUCGGGUACCUCCGGCCGCUGAGUGCUUACGGCGUCAGUGUAAAAUUACAGAUGAUGAGGUUUUCCGUGGGGUCACAGGGCGUUUCAUCCUGGAUCGAAUGCGUCUUGACGGUAAGGUGGCCUAUGUGACAGGCGCUGGACAAGGCAUAGGCCGAGCAUUCGCUCACGCUCUGGGUGAAGCUGGUGCAAAGGUGGCUGUGGUAGACCUGGAUGGAGCAAAAGCUGAGACAGUCGUUGAGGAGCUCUUCCUUAAAGGUAUCAAUGCCAUUUCGAUAACAGCUGACAUCAGCAAGUCAGAUGACGUCCAGAGGAUGAUCGACACCAUCGUUUCAAAAUGGGGAGUGAUCCACAUCGGUUGUAACAAUGCUGGCAUCAACAUGAACUCAGCCAGCGAAGACACCAGUCUAGAGGAGUGGGACAAAACCUUUCACGUGAACCUCAGGGGGACCUUCAUGUGCUGUCAGGCAGCAGGUCGAGUGAUGUUGAAGCAAGGGUACGGCAAGAUUAUCAACACAGCUUCCAUGGCCAGUCUAAUAGUCCCCCAUCCUCAGAAGCAGCUUUCGUACAACACAUCCAAGGCCGGUGUGGUCAAACUGACUCAGACUCUGGGCGCUGAAUGGGCCGACAGAGGAGUGCGCGUCAACUGCAUCUCGCCGGGGAUUGUUGACACCCCUCUCAUCCACUCGGAGAGUCUGAGGCCUCUGGUGCAGCGCUGGCUGUCAGAUAUUCCUGCUGGUAGACUGGCUCAAGUGACAGACCUGCAAGCUGCAGUGGUCUACUUGGCAUCUGAUGCCUCUGACUACAUGACAGGGCAUAACUUAGUCAUAGAAGGUGGGCAAAGUCUGUGGUAGAAGGGUUAGAUGAAGAGAUGAAAACUUUCCUCCCCCCUCUUCUUCAUUCUCCAGGGAUUAAAAAUAGGUGGCAUUCAUAUUAUGUCCCUUUGAGACUUGAACAGCAAUAUCAGUUUAAAUGAAACUGCAGUUUCUGGACAGGUGAGAUCAGUUUUGGGAGUUUGGGGUUUUUUUUCUGUGCAGACUGUAGGCUUAGUUCAAUGUCCGGUGUGGUAGAACAGCAGAAAAUGUUUUACUGAAAGGAAAAUAAAGCAACAAUAUUAAAUACAGGAAAGAGUUUUAAACAUUUUUUUUAUUACCAAUUUUUUUAGCAGGAAAGUACCGAGCGUUACUUUCAAUUGAGACCAAAUUAUCACAGUUUCUUUUUUGUUACAGUGUUUUAUUCCCUGGAUGCUGCUUAAACACACUGAUGACUGUGACUGUAACACUUUAUUGUAUCUGCUCCAACACAAACACAGAUAAAUGCUGUCAAAAAUACAAAUGGGUAAUAAAAAGUAAAAAGGU